AGUGAGCUAACUGUGCGUGUGCGUCCUGUGUUGAGUGUUUGCGCCGAGUCACCGCUUCAACAACCUGUUGAAUGUGGGGCUCGUCUAAACUCCGCCCCUACCGGCCUGACCCGAGUUAGAGAAGGAGCGCUCACCAGAGGCUCGUCUGCACGCGCCGCUGUCACAUCGUGGUUGUGGACACGCGCAGGCAUGUUACCACUCAUCCUCAUCCUCAUCCUCACCUCCUCCUCCAUGAUGUUGGAGUAUCGUUACCACAGCAACAGUGAGAUGGAGCAUUACCUCCACCAAAUCAACGCCUCUAACCCUGACAUCGCUCACCUGUACACCAUUGGCCGCUCAGUUGCAGGUCAGCAGCUGUGGGUGUUGGCUUUGGGUCUGAGCCCCGGCCAUCACACUGUUGGCAUCCCCGAGUUCAAGUAUGUGGCCAACAUGCAUGGCAACGAGGUCCUGGGAAGAGAGCUGCUUCUACAGCUGGUGGAUGAGCUGGUGCGCGGUUACCGUGGCAACGAGACUUGGUCAGUGCAGCUGUUGGAGAGCACCCGCAUCCACAUCCUGCCCACCAUGAAUCCUGAUGGCUUUGAUGACGCAGACACACACUGUCAGAUGAGCCAGGGCAGGUUCAACCGUAACGGCGUCGACCUGAACAGGAACUUCCCUGACGCCUUCACUGCCCUGCGGCAGGGUCAGCCGGUGGAUGUGGGGAGGAGAGAGGCAGAGGUCCAAGCUGUAAUUGGCUGGUUGAAGACAGAGACGUUUGUCCUCUCUGCAAACCUUCACGGCGGCGCGCUGGUGGCCAGCUACCCUUACGACAACAGCAAUGGCGGCAGCGAGCUGGUGGGUCGAGCUAGCCUCACACCUGACAAUGACGUGUUUGUCCACCUGGCCAAGGUGUACUCCCACAACCACGCCUCCAUGCACCAGGGAUGGAGCUGCGGCGAACCCGUGUCCUUUGCCGACGGCAUCACCAACGGCUACCGGUGGUACCCUCUAUCAGGUGGGAUGCAGGACUACAACUACGUGUGGGCACAGUGUUUGGAGCUGACUCUGGAAGUGUCGUGCUGCAAGUUCCCGCCAGCUAGACAACUUCCUGCUCUGUGGAUGGACAACAGGAAGAGCCUGCUGGCCUUCAUCCAGCAGGUCCACCUGGGGGUCAAAGGGCGUGUGUUUGAUGGCUCUGGAGUGCCGGUGCAGAAUGCUGUGGUGGAGGUGAAAGGUCGCCCUAACAUGUGCCCCUUCAAGACGGACCAAAAUGGCGAAUACUACCGACUGUUGUUACCAGGAAACCACACGUUCAGGGUGACGUAUCCGGGUCACCAAGUGUUGACGGAGACCCUUGACGUCCCGUAUGGUCCCAGUCACUACUCUGCUCUCAAACACGACUUCCUGUUGCGUCGCAUCACCGUGACCACUGGCCGCCCCCACACCCCCUCCUCCCCGCCCUCGAAAUCGCUCCAAGUGGAGGCAGCAGGGGCUACCAAUACGCCCACGUGGACAAGGAUGGUUGCAGGGCUGGGGUUGGCCCUCGCGCUCAACUCCCUGAUCAGUUGAUACAUGGCAGCAAAAUGUGUGCACAAAAAAAAACAACUUGAUCUCUACAGGAAACGCGACUGCAUGAUUUACUUUUCCUAUUUUAACCUUUCAUUUGGAGACAUUCAUUUGGAAUGAUAACAGGAAGUAGAAAAGCUGUGACUUCCUGUCUCCACCAGUACAUCCUCCCCUGACGCCAACUUCCUGUACAACUGAGAUAGUUCGUCAGGGGACGGCCUCUCGGACUCUGGGGUGCAGGGAAUGUAAAAGUCUGACGACGCCUGAGACUACAGCAGCUCCGAUGAGACACCGCUGCCGUUCUGUGAUUGGGCGAGGGUCUGGGGGCGGUUGGAGUCCUGCGUCUGGGAGGAAUGAUUGGACAAAGAAGUGGACAGAGCCAGACUAAAGUCGUCAUCCAGGUUCUCUUCCUGUUGGCUGAACUCUUCAGGUGUCUGCAAACCGGUCAUCCUGGAGGGGGAUGAGCCUGGGAGGCUGUUCUGGCUAUCAGGUAGCGCCUCAACAGUGAAAAAGUCCGCCCACUUGGGGGGCCGCUCUGAGCCAUGUUCUGCCUGGGUGCUCGCUUCCUCAUCGCUCACCUCGUCUUCAUCAUCUUCGUCAUUUGACUCUGUGCAGUCCAUGUAGUUGCUCGUGGGCGGCAGGAGGGUCAGAUGCAGGCAGUCCCCCUCAGAGGCAGGUGGCGCUGUGGUGUGUGCACUAGGAGCUGUCAAAUGGUAAACAGUGAUGAGCAUGUGUACCAACAAGAAGCUGAAACAUGGACGCACCGUUUUCAGUGCAGCUGCUCAGCGCCGCCCUCUUCCUCACUGGCGCCAUAUCUAUCCCACCAAAGAGCCCAUCAUCACUGUCCGAAUCUGAUUGGACAAGGAGACGAGUGUCAGGGACCACAUUCGCUCCUUUGCGUUUGUCCGGCUGGUGGUUAAGUCUCACCACGAGGCGGUGUCUUGGCCACGCUGCGCUUGAGCACCCCUAGUGGUUCGUAUGUGAACCCUUCCUCUGACCGCUUCCUGCACAUCAGCUGGAGCCUGUUGGAAGGCAAGACACCGGAUGCCAGUCAGUGUUGGCCAUACAUUCAUUUAAAAUAAGAAUGGGCCGCCACAUAUACUUGCUGUUACCCAAAGUUCGUUCACAUCAUAAUGAGCCGUCUCAACUUAAUGGGGUAUAGUUACAACUCUGUCCAGUAGAUGGCACCCUAAAUGUUGCUUGACAGCUAGCAUGACAGUUAUGAGAGUGUGACGCUAUAAUAACCUUGGGCAAAAAUAUUUAUUAGAAUUACAGCUGUAAAAUGCCUUAUUUUUAAAUAUCUUUAUUGAAAAGAGACAAAAGUCAUUUUUAAGCCAUCUAAUAUACCACGAUGAAAGUGGAAGGUGCAUUUAAAAUAAAUCAACUCUACUGUGGCUCGUCCUGCCACAACACAAGAAAUAUUUUCUUAGUUAAAAAAAAAAGCAAACUGCAAUCAAGUGGCUGAAGGUCACAACGUAAAUCAUUCUUUUUAAAUGUUACUUCAAAGUGGCAGGUCAGAGGUCAGACUUUUCCACACAAAUGUGUUUGGGGGUCAUGUGAUUGUUAGCAAGUGAGACGUUGUUGUUUGUUGUUCAGUGGAGAAUAAACGCUUUAUAGCAGUGGUCCCCAACCUUUUUUCACCCACCGACCGACUUGUGUUCCCACAAAGAGGGGGUCGUACAUUAUAGUGAUCAAAUUGAUCUUAUUUAUUACGUAUUGUGUAAAACGAGGACAUGAACAACAUCUGAAUGCCAACCCAACAUCCACCAGUUCAAGCCUGGAGUUUUUCCAGAGAGAUGAUGACAUGGCUGUUUGACGUGUGUGGUAAAAGGCAGUGUGCUAGCAUGAAUUAACUUGACAAAUGUGCACAUUAGCACUCAAUAAGUCAUCAAAACUUACCUUUAUGCAUUCCCACAAGUUAGCACACGCACAAUGGACAUUGGUCAAGUGAGACGGCUGUAACAGAGAGAAUCCUGCCACUUUUCAAAAUAAAACAUCAUGGAGAUUAUUUUUUCUUUCUGUGCGGCCCAGUACCAACUGACCCACGGCCCGGUACCGGGCGGCAGCCCAGGGAUCACUGCUUUCUAGCACUUAUCCUCCACUCCUGUCUCCUACUCCAUCACGUCCGCAUUUGGUGACCCUCCAUGUGACUAAUAGGAUCACCCACAACAGCGCCAAGAGCACGGACGUACCUGUGCUGCUCAGUGCCAACAAGGAAGCACACACCCACCGUGAGGAAUAACACACAAUGUUACAAAGUACAGUAUUUCAUGUAGUGUACUUUCUCUCAUAUCAUAGAAACAGUAGGACACAAAAUUUGUGUAGUUUUGAAACCGUGACUUUUUCAUAGCAUGGUAUACCUGCUCAAACCGCCGAUUGACAAUCCCGUGCAAAUGACACGUAGUUCACACACAACAACAACAAACUAUCAUUCUUUGUGGGUAACAAUUAAUGAGCACUACCAACAGCAAGCAACUUACCAAGUACCCGCAAGGCAUGCUGGGUACUCCAGCGGCAACUACAAUACAGUGAGGCAUUAGACGUAUACAUGCAGUCCAGGAAACAUCAUAAAUGUUUUUUUGUUGUUUUAACUGGCUUGUGUGUGUCAUAAGGUACACACACACACACACACACACACCAC